UUCAAAAGCUGGUGCAGAUGCCUUACUUUCUAACAUGCAAUAAAAUGCAAGAGACACAUGAGCACGUUUCAUUGAAAAACAGCUGUGGGGAGAGAAUUUUGGAGACGCUGAAUGAGAGGUGGAGAGGAAGACGACCGGUGGGCUUCAUGGAUGCGAGGAUUCAGGACAUCAAGAGGUGCUGCCAGAGUAUUCUCAAUGUGGAAAGAUGAUCAGGGACCACUGAAGGAGCCACAAGCAAAGAGAGCCAUGCAGAGUACGACCCACACAGACAAUGGACCAGAUCUUGAGGGGACCCCUCCAGCAGCUGAUCCAGAGUCUGUGGAUGGAACUGCUCACAGCCAGCCUCAGGAUGAAAGCAUCACGGCGGACCAGACUUCAGUCCCAAGUCUUGCCACCAAAACAGCUCCGGACUCGGCAAAAAUCGCUGGAUCUGAUGCGAAAGACGGAAAGAAACAAGCUGUGAAACUUCUGGGCAAAAGGUUUGCUCCUUCUAACCCUCUGAAGAUGGACAUGACGAAGCCGGUGGUUCUUCCUCUGACUUCCUCCGAGCUCUCCCUGCAGUGCUUGGAGUGCCACAUCAUCUUCAGCGACCACAGGAGUAAAGAGCGCCACCUGAAGCUGAGCCACCCGGCGGAGUACGAGCAGUGCAUCCUGAGGAACGCCGUCUUCACCUGCUACGUGUGCGAGCGCCAUUUCACCAACUCCACCGAGCUCAUGGCGCACCAGAAAAGCCACACGGAGAGGACGCCCUUCCGCUGUCCGCUCUGCAGCCAGGCCUUCAAAAGGUCCUCCGAGCUCACGGUCCACAAGAAGUCCCACUUUGGCCAGAACGGUUAUGCCUGCACGGAGUGUGGCAAGCCGUGUAAAACCAUGACCCUGCUGAAGUACCACCAGCGCACGCACAGCGGGGACCGACCCUAUGUGUGCAAGGAAUGCGGCCUGAGGUUCAGCUUGCCCAGCACUCUGCAUAAACAUGUCCUGUCACACCUGCCUGAAGGGGACCCCCAAAGACUCGGCAAAAAAGGCGGCGAACCUCCCCUCCCUUGCACCGUCUGUAAGGCCACCUUCAAGUCACCAAAGACUCUGCGCCGCCACUUCAACUCCAAGCACCGCUUGACUCCUUUGGGGUCCAGCAACCGCAAGGCGACGUGGCAGCUAGUGAAGCACAACUCUCCCGUCAUCGUUCCCAUCAACGUCAGCCAACCGUCCCUGUUACAAGUGGAGCCCAAUGGGCCCCUGCAGAAGGUCGACUCCAACAUCGACACGGAGCAGAUUUGCAGACUCAUCGAGUCUUUGGAAAACGUGAAGAAGGUGAACCAGCUGGUGGUUCUGGGGCAGGUGCCGCCCAACGCGCCUCCUCUUGAGGUGCAGCAGAUACUUGGACCGGUACAGCCUCAAAAUCCACAACUGGCGCCACCUCAAAUUGAUUUUGUUGGAUUAAAACAGACAGAGCGAAAGACUCUUAAACUGGAUUUGUCCUGCAGCCAAAAAUCUGUCUUUAUGGACAUUCCCUUUAUAUUGGAACCCAUCACUCCAGAGGGGCCGUUAGAGGACACUUCCUUUGUGGAUUCCUCUGCAGUCUCAGGUGAGAAUGAAGUUCCAAAACCUCAAAUGGGCCCAAGUGGCGAGAGCAUGAGUCAAGUCUUCCCCAUAGUCGGCGCUAUCUCAGCGGAGCCUGAGCCCAUCGCUCAGCUGUUGGGCGACGGAGAUUCCAUUGACCUGGAGCAAACGGUCAUACUGGAGCUGACGCCUGCCGACGAGCUGGAGCCGCCUCAGAACGGGCCGCAACACGAGGGAGAUCCGAUGGAGUUGAUCAGCACUGACCAGGAGAAGUCUCAGGGCCUCCCAGGGAGUGAGAGUGAAACCAGCCUGCUGCUCUCUGAGCAACUUCAUGUGUCAGAACCUGAAGGAACUGAUUUGCCGUCCUGCCAACCGAACUCGCCCAAACCAGUCGCAAGUGAAGACCAGCCACCUGAGAACAAAACGCCCCCACCUCAGAGCCAAUCAGAACCCAACCCUCAAGCCGAGGCCGGUUCCGAUGUACCGGUGAACGAGAGCUCAGAUCUUGGCGCGGAAAAAGAAGUUCAAAAGAAGCCUGCCGUGGAAGGAGAAGCUGAAGUUGGAAAGAAAGACGAAGAGGCGAUAUCCAAACCCAAGAGCUCCCCCAAAGAGAAAGUCCGUCCGAAGAUGGACCCCGUGUCGGCGCCCCCAGAGAUUGCUCUCAGCAUCAUGUCGGCUCAGGAACUUGUGAAAGUACGGAAGAGGAAGCCGAACAGAGCCUACUUCUACCAGGAGUACAUCCAAGAACUGGUGGGAUCCAUGAGGAAAAAGGACUUCCAGGUCGCAGCCAAACCCGCCAAACGCCCCAAAGAGUCCCGCCUUGUGGUGAAAUUCGGUCCACCCAGCGCAAAGAAAAGCAAGAAACAAAUGAAGAGCCAACAAGAACCGGUGAAAGGAAAAGCAAAAACAAUCACCAAGAAAAAAGUGCCUUCCCCGAAGAAGGCCGCUGACGGGGAUAAGAAAGUGUCUCCGGCCACUUCCCCCGGGAAAAAGAAGGCUCCGGGUACUACGGUGAAGAAGGACGAAAAGCCCAAGGAGGAGAAGAAGAAAAAGGUGAAGAAGCAGGAUGAGUUGUUGGGCGACGGUUUGAGCAAAUCGAAGGCGACUUUAAAAAAGAAAAUGCACUCCAAAGUCGUACAGAACGAUGUGCAGGACAAGAAGGUGAAGAAGAAAAAAGAGGGAAAAGCAGAGAGUUCUGAGCUUCCCAGUCCACACGUGACGCAAGAGUCUCUUCUGCUCCUGAAAGGUCACAAACAGCCACAGCUCAAAAUAAAUAAACUGGACCCCCUAAAGACUUCGGGGCCACAAGUGAGCGACAGCGAAGCGUCGCCACAGAGCAAGAGCACAGCGGAACCUGCUGAAGGACAGAAGAAGGGACGAGUGAGCAAGAAGACCCAGAAGGCUCUGUCUUUACUGUCUACUAUGCAGGCGUCCAGGCAGUCGACCGAGUCGCUGCUGGGCAAACCCAAACCCCCUCGGAAGCGAAAGGCCUCCUCAAAGAUGGAGGAGGAGGGGGUGAUCACGUCCAAGUGUGCCUUAGAGUGUCAGGACUGUGGAGAGAACUUCAGCGACCUCUCCUGCCUGCAGCAGCACAAGACCAGCGCGCACAUCGUGGAGAGUCCCGGCUUGACGUACACCAACGGGAACGUCUUUGAGGGCGUCACCGUCUGUCACCUCGAUCAGCGGCGUCCGAAGAAGAAGGUGGCUGAAGUUCUGAGCCCGUCAGCAGGCUGGGACACUGAGCCCGAGACGGCCACGGACCUGCAAGAGCAGCGCCUCUCUUUCCCUGCUUUAAUCCCCUCCCCGUCUUUACCUGCCGUGCCUUUCGACUCGGACGCCAGCUGGAAUUCAGCCGCAGACCCAGACGCUCUCCUGGCUCCCAUUUCCGACAAUGAGUUCCCACCGGAGCAGCUGGAGCCCAGCAGAGCUUCAUGUCCCUCAGCUGUCUCAGGUUCUGAGCCCAGUGGUCUAGUGGCGGCGGCAGCGGAGGAUCAGCAAGACGACAAAGACAAUGUUAAAGAGGAUGUGGAUCUCCAGGACGUGGAUUUGAUCACUGUUGGGGAGCAGAACGGGACCAGCCACGACGGCGAGCGCGUCAAAACGGCGGCGGCCGCGUAUGAGUUGAGUGGAAGCAGCCGAACUUCACAGUCUGUUCGCCAUGUCGAGAUCAAAGAGGAGGAGGAGGAAGUGUCGGUCCAGAGGAGCUGGAGGAAGAGAAGCAGCGCGGAUGAAGCCGCUGAGUCGGACAGUGAUUGUCGGGUGGUCAAUGAAGGAAUGUCUGAGGAGAGUGAACCGGGCCAGACUCUGGGUCCUGCUGAGGCGUCUGGUCCUAUGGCCGCAGACCAAGCAGGUGUGGAUGAGGAAGAGCUCAGGAACUCUCCCGGUGUCAUCCUGGAGAAGGUGGUGCCUGCUGAACACCGAGCCGCUGGAGAGCUUCACCACAUGAUGCCAAGGAGGAAGAAGAGGAGGCGGGGUUGGGAGUUUGCACAUCAGCCUCCUCGGAGACGGGAGAUCAAGGUGGAGGAGGUUCCCUCCCGGUGUGAGACCAGAGAGAGUGGGGACAUCAGCAGCGUCCUGGUCAAGGAGGAGACCACCCUGGAGCUGGAGGAGGCUGGGGACUCGGCCGGGAGUGGACACAUGCGAUGGAACGUGGAGCAAGUCGGCCCUGAAAAAACACCUUCUCCUCUCACCUCAGCGGUGGAGGCGGAGGACACUAACAACGACUGCAGCGUUGCCGCUGAGACCAGCGCCAACCAGUGCAUCUUCUACCCGGUGAAGCAGGAGGAGAGAGAGAUCCUGCUGGGAGAUGCUGGGGAGGAGAACGAAGGUUUGGAGAGCAGAGAGUUGCCUGAGACGCACAAGGCUUGGCCUGGGACGGGGGGUACAGCUCCGGAUGACCAGGACUGGAGACCACAUCAGGAACCAGGAGCUGCUGACGCGGACGACGAGCAGCUGGACCUGCGCAGCUUUCUCCUGGAAAAUUCCCACUCUGAAGAUGAGCAAGGUGUGGACACGUCUGCAGAGCAGGUGGACUCAGAGGAGCGAAUCCUGGCCAGUUACUACAAGAACAAGCACAGCUGCCUCCGCCGCACGGACCUGGCUGCCCACAGUGUAUCAGCCGAGCCGUCGUCCUACCACAGCAGCACCAGGAAGCCCAUCCACUACUUCUCGGAGUAUUUCGGAGCGGAUGCGUGGGAGGAAAUCGCCAACUGCACAAACGCAACUUCCACCACUCCGGACCAGGUCACAGCCCGAGAGGUGGCACAGUUCGUCGGGAUCCACAUCGCCAUGGGAACGCUGAAGUUCCCGAGUCCUCAUCUCUACUGGGAGGACCUGACUAAGGUUCCGUUGAUCUGUGAAGCCAUGUCGCUGUCGCGCUUCCGUCAGCUGUCGAGGACCUUGAGGUUGGCCUCAGCCGCCAAAGGUGGGGGAGAACUAACCCCUGGCACAUUCCCAAAUGCGUUUAAGGACAGGACUAUGGCAGGUGGAGGCUCCCACCUGGGACAGACAGAUCCGCUCUGGAAGGUCCGGCCGAUAUUGCGCCGCUUCCACGAGGCGUGCCCGGCGCUCGCACAAAAAGGCGACUACGCGGUCGAUCAGCAUCCACUUCCUCUGCGUGGGACCAUGAGGAGGCAGGAGCAGUCGCUGCAGUGCACCACGCUGAUACAGUUGGGCGGUUUGCUCUCGCAUGUGGAUCUGGCUCUGGACUGGUCAGAAAAAGAAGCCGCUGUGGAGAAGAUGUCCCCCAAGGGGAGCAUGCUGUUCCUCUGCCAGCGCGAGCUCUCCACGCCUGCCAUGCUGGAGCGCCUGAUCGCGGCCGGUGUGUACGGUGCCGGUCGUGUGGAGGGAGACCGGGGGCAGAUCGGGGAUGAGUUUGUGAGCUCGGACGGAAAGCUGAUGUUGCGCCGCUCGCACUGCGGCUUCAUUCUCUCCACCGCAGGAAUCGGCCGCAGGAACGUAGCCUCGCUGACCGAGCACUUCGAGCAGGCGCAGGCUUCGGCUCGCCUCAACGCAGACCUGCGAAGUCUUUACAGCAUCCCUCUCACGUCUGCGUCUCCACGCUGCUGGCCUCUGACCGUCCUCUGGCACCUGACGGACGCCGCUCUGGUCAACUCCUGGCUCGUGCACCGACGCGAACACGCCCCUGCACCUUUAACCCUCAUGGCCUUCAGACUUGAAGUCUCCAAGGCUUUAAUACUCUCCAGUGGAUCAGACACUCAGGACUCGGUGCCACCUCAACCUCCUGUAGAGGAGGCCCAUGCUACUUCUGAGACCCCAAAUCCCACUGUGAUCGAGGAGUGUCCUCUCCCGGAUGAGGCCACGCGGUACGACGGGGCGGGGCACUGGCCCGAGCAGCUGGCUGAAGGAGAAGGAGGGAGGUGUCGCUUCAGAGACUGCCAGCGAACGUCCAGGGUUCUCUGCCUUAAGUGCUGCGUCUUUCUCUGCAUCUCUCGCAACCACAACUGCUUUUUAAACUUCCACCACCAAGGCAGUUUGGGGAAAGAGUAGAGACGAGUUUAAUUGAAUGGAGUGAACUGCAACCUUCGCUGAGAAGACCAGUCGAGCAAAUUCCCAUGAUGCCUUCUGUCAGCAGAAAUGUUUGUGUUCCACAAUGUAUGAAAUGAAUGAGUGAUGUUUUAUAUCUAUUUUAAUUUUCUCCAUCAAAUAGUCGCAGUCACUGUUAAAUAAACUCUAUCCCGUUUUUUACUGUUUAUAUUGGCCAUAUUUAAGUUGUUUCUCGUUAUCAAAUAACAUGAAAUAACAUUCAUCAAUGAAUUAAAAACAUUUUUUAAAGAUUUGUGUGCAUUUUUAUUUCUCUUAUUUUAGAGGAAACAUUUUCAGUGAACCGUCAAUGGUUGCUCUGAUGACCUGGAUGGGAAGGUGAGGCAUGUGAGAA